AUGGAUAGGUUUCAAAGAGAAGACAUUGAUUGGAAAUAUAUUCAACAGCAUACAGAUAAGCAAAAUUAUGAAAUACCCUGCUUUUAUGAUACCCAAUCCUGGAACAUUGGGGAGACCUACAGUAUGCGUAUUGGAAAUAUAUAUGACCCAUCCAAAUUUUGGACAGUAUUUUGUGACAGAGAGUUGACCAUAUUUCAAGAAUUCUUGAAUAACUUUUACAAGAUUAAUAGUGAUAUCUACAAAAUGCCCAAACAAUCAGUGAAAAGACUUCAAUAUUGUGUGGCAUUCACAGAUGGAGAAUAUUAUAGAGGACUGAUAGUAGACAUACCUUUAUUUGGUAGCCUUGAUAAUAAACUUUCAGUGUUUCUGCUGGAUUUUGGAUUCUCAGCUGUUGUUUACAGUAAUGACAUACAUUACCUUUCAAAAAAUUUGUUUGAAGUUCCUCAAUUUUCUGUGAGGUCUUGUAUAUAUGGAAUGGAACCCUAUAAUACUGACACAUGGACAGUUGAUGAAGUGAAAAGAUUCAGUGAACUAACAACCAAGAAAAGAUUACUGUGUGUAUUAGAGAAUACAGAUCCCUCCCGCAAAAUAGUGUAUAUUACCAUUCAUGACUUUGAUGAAAUCUCCAGAGAUAAACCUAUAAGGGAUGUACUGAUCAGUGAGAGACUAGCCAAAAUGACAACUCUGGAAAAUAAAAAAAAUAAAAAAGUAGGCAAAAGUAAAUUUGCUCCUAAAAUAAAGUACCCAUUUUUGUUUCCAACAUUUGAAGCAAUAGAAGGAGCAGAAACUCCAUCUACAGUAUAUACCAGUGAAUUGCUAAAGAGUUGUCUUACUGCUGGUAUAAUAUUAUUCAAGAGUUAUUAUUCCUAUAAUGGUAUCAAUCUUUCCUGA